GGUAAUAGACGCAAAAACAGGAGAAAGAAAAGCAAGUGUAGAGACACCCUUUCCAGUCAAGUGGCUCGCCCUCACCGAAAGAGUCCUCCUCUUCCUCCUCGCCUGUGGGGAGCUGUACCUUCUCCCUUUUGCUGCAGCAGCAGAUCAGCAGGAGCAGGAGCAGCAGCAGCAGCAGCAGCAGCAGCCGCUGCUGCUGCUCAGCUGCUGCAGCAAAGCGGAGCUGCUCAUGGAUGAUUAUGUUCUUGUUGCUCAAACGGGGGAUCGUACAAUCUGCAUUUGGUACAACAUCGAGGACUUUCGGCGCGUGGAGUUGCUGGGAGUUGAGGGUUUACUUUUGGGAUUUGUUUUUGAAGUUGAAAAAGAGAAAAAGAAAAAAAUGGAAAAGUGGAAAGUUGCAGAUACACCGCAAGCCCCCACAGUAGCUGCGCUGCUGCUGCUGCUGCAGCAGCAAGAAGUAGCAGCAGCAGCAGCAGCAAGUCUGUGGCAGCGCCUCAGAGAUUCCAUUUUAGACUUUGAGCUUUUCAAACCCUUUAAUUCGAGUUGGGGGGCCCCCCUUGACGGGGGGGGCCCCCCUGAGGGUUUGUGGGGCCUGCAGCAGCGACUUGCUGCUGCUGCUGUUGCUGCAGCAGCAGCAGGAGAUGCAGCAACAGCAAAGUUCAUUCGGAAAAUAAACAAAAGACAAAACAGCGGCAACAAAGAAACGCAGGAAACAGAUAAAGCCUUCCUCAUGCUGAAAGCCGGGUCAGAACUCAGCGCCCCAUACCUAGGUGCUGCUGCACUAAAGGGACAAUUCGCAGCAGCAGAGGCGCUGCUGCUGCAGCAAGGAGCAGCAGCAGCAGCAGUAGAGAUGCACAGGCAAUUAUACAGGUAG